CUUUUAUAUUCCCUUGGAGAGCCAAAAUCGAGUGCUCUUCCCUUCAGACACCGAAUCAUACAUUUCGACACUACAGCAAAAUCGAGUGCUCUUCUCUUUACAGCCGGUAUAGUUUCGCCGGAACCUUCAUUGCCUACUAAACCGAAAAUGACGGCCCGUACAAAUCACCGGCCAUCAUCGAAGUGAAGUGCGGUGUAAAGUGACGUUGUUUUUGUGAAUUUUUGAUGAAUUCAAGGUCUAGGGAUUGAUUUGCAGACUCGGCUUAUGUGAAGAGUGCUGUCCAUACACGAAAGGGACUCUCGUUUUACUAAAGGUGUUCUUGUUUUGGAGAUUAUUGGUCUAAACUGCUUUAUUUUGGGAUUUAUAGUUGUUGAAUUGGAAAGUGUAAAAUGAGUAAAGGAUUCUGGAUGGCAAAGAGUGGUGAACAUUCAACUGAUGGGGAUACAGUAUUUGAUGACCCAUCGAGAAUUGAACCGAAGCGUUCUCAUCAAUGGUUCACUGAUGCUGCUGAACCAGAGGGGUUCCCCAACAAGAAGCAAGCUGUACAAGCUCCAUAUAGAAAAUCGACUUCAGGAUUUGUCAAUUCAAAUGCUUCUCACUGGGAGAAUGGUUCUGGUUUUCAGUCAGUCCCAAACCAAUUCGUUGACCGGUUAUUCGGAUUUGAGCCAACCAGGCCCGUGAAUUAUACUGAAAGAAAUGUUUCUCCGGUUGGAACAGAUAACCCAAAUAUCAGAAAAAGUGGUAUCAAUGAGCCAUUUGGAUAUGAUCCUUCUGUUGGUUUGUCUAUAUCUCCUGCCAUGGAAGAUCCUGUAACCAGUCUCAGCUAUGGUGGAAUCAGAAAAGUUAGAGUCAAUCAAGUUAAGGACUCUGACAAUGGUCAGCACAAAGCGACGGAACAUGACUGUGGCUCGUCUAUUGCUCAGGUCUAUAACAGGGGAAACGAAACUAGUUUUAUAUCAGUGGGGCAGACCUAUAGUAAGGAUGAUGGAAGUGUCAUGUUAAUGGGUCACACCUAUAACAGAUCCAUGGAUUCCACCUCUGGAAAAGGGGAUGACGAUACCAUUUCAAUUGGUCACACCUAUAACAAGGGAGAGGCCAGUACAAUAUCUUUUGGUGGCUUCCACAAUGAACCUGUUAUUGAUCUAUUGGCUCGGCCCAUUAGCAGCUAUGAUAUGUUGUAUAGUCGAGAUUCAAUUCAGACAUCGGAAACGCCUGGUCAAAAGGAGUUAGAUGCAUCAAAUGCCGGUACAGUUCCAAGUGCCUCCCAGAUAGCUAAUUCCAGACCAGAGCCUGUGUCCAAAAAUAUGUUGGAAAUGAGGAUGGCUAAGAAAGAAGCUCCUAAUAGUUUCCCUUCUAAUGUCAGAAGCUUGAUAUCUACUGGUAUGCUUGAUGGAGUUCCUAUAAAGUAUGUUUCUGUGUCGCGGGAGGAGCUUCGUGGAAUUAUAAAAGGUUCUGGUUAUCUUUGUGGUUGUCAAUCUUGUAAUUAUUCCAAGGUACUCAAUGCUUAUGAGCUUGAACGUCAUGCUGGUUCCAAAACAAAACACCCAAACAAUCACAUAUACUUCGAAAAUGGGAAAACCAUCUAUCAGAUAGUCCAGGAAUUAAGGAGCACCCCAGGGAGUAUGUUGUUUGAUGCGAUUCAAACCGUGACGGGGUCACCAAUCAAUCAGAAAUCAUUCCGCAUUUGGAAAGAAUCAUUUCAAGCAGCAACUCGUGAACUUCAGCGUAUCUACGGGAAGGAGGAACUAAAUCUAUAGGAGGAAUACUCUUAAUGAUCCUCCAAAAGGGCAAUCUCUUUAUGUGCUAAUGCAAAUGCUUGAUUCUGGUAGGUUGUUUUUGGGUUGCUUUUUUAUAUGGACAAACUCUGCCUUUCUAAGUUUGAUGCACAACCAAUUUGAUGUAAAUUUGAAGUGGUUGUUAUGGUUCCAUUAGGAUGAGUUGUGGUAGACUGCGUAAUUUUGUUUACAAAGAAGAAAUGAGAUCACAUUGUAGCCAUUGGAAAUCUUGUUUUAUGGUAAUUUAGAGGAAAUCAGUGGUUGUCAGUUCCA